AUGGCGUUCUUCGACUCAGAGAGGCUCAAGGUGGCCGCAGUGGUCACCUUCUACAUGUCCUCGGCACUCAUCAUGGUGUUUGUAAACAAGGCUGUAUUGAAUAGCUCUCCAGACCUUCCCUUACUUUUCCUCCUUCUCCAACUCCUCAUCGCUGUUGUACUUCUCCAUGGCACGGCGGCCGUAUCCGACAAAGUCAAGAUUCCGAAAGUGGAGAUCGAAGUCGCCAAAAAGCUCUUCCCUGUUGUUGCUGUCAACAUUGUCGGUCUUGUAUUCAACACCCUCUGUCUUCGUGAUGUGGAGGCUUCAUUCUUUCAGAUCGCAAGAGGACUUGUACUCCCGCUCACGAUAGCGGUUUCUUCACUCUACAGUCGUUCUUCACCAUCCCGCAUGGUCCUGGUGUCCGCUACCGUUGUGACUCUCGGAUUCAUGCUCGGCGUUGCCCCAUCAUCCUCGCUUCCUGUGACGGCAAUUCCAUCCACUCUUUCCCUCUUUUACGGCGUUCUCUCGUCGCUUUUCAUCGCAUUCCACGCCGUUCUGAUCAAGAACUCUUUGCCGUAUUGCAACAAUUCCACCAUUGAGUUGGCUUGGUGGACCAAUGCCGGCUCGGCUAUCCUGAUUUUCCCGUUCGUCAUUCUCCAUGGCGAACCAUUCAAGCUCUACGGGCUCUCGCAGAGCACUAGCUGGAAUAGCACUACGUUCAUUUGGGGAAGCCUUGUUACGGGCCUGUUCGGCUUUUUGCUAUGUGUUGCGGGCUUGCUGAGCAUCAAGGUCACCAGCCCGAUCACCCACAUGUUCUCCAGUGCCGCCCGAUCCGUCCUUCAGACAGCUCUCGGAGUCCGGAUAUUUGGCGACAUCCUCACUGUUAACCGCGCCAUCUCUAUCACUGUCAUUCUGGGUGGCACUAUGUUAUAUACAUGGAUCAAAUCAACGGGCCCAGCUACGCCGCCACCUUCCAAAGCUCCAGCGGACGUGGAGCUCGGCAAUCGAGAGGGUCAAGAAGAAACUACUGUGCUAUGGCAGAUGGAGGAAGACAAGGACGAAAAGAAAUGA